AUGGUGUUUCUUGAUAAAAGAAAUAUGCUAACUGGUAAUCGGUCGCCUGAAAACACUGUCGCACGUAAACUCUUUGCAAACAGAUUGUCAAAUACAAAACCAGAGGGAUGUGAAACACCCGAAAUACAAGCUAACCAUGCAUGUCUGCAGAGUAUGAGAAGAAUUCAAGACAAGUACUGUAUUGACUUGAAUCAGCUGAACAACUUGAAUUCAGUGAAGGGUGAACAAUGUGUUUGGAAGUGGGAAUUAAUUGACUUGAGAGAGGAAUAUGUACCUUCAUUUUAUCAUCCACGGUGUUACCGAUCCGACGGUGCAUUGAAUUCUCACAGCAAAGGAACAGUAGGCAGUUCAACUGUGAAUCACUCAAUCAAGUGUUAUGAAGGAUGGAAUAUUGUGGAACCGAACUCAACUGAGAAGGAUAGACGGAACACUUCAUUAAGUAAUGAGAUCAAACACACAGGAUCUAAGAGUCAAGCAUGCACUUUAUUCACACUAUGGAAACCGAAAAUUCAACGUGGAAAGUCUGUAGUUUCAAAUCGAUGUCAAACAACAGAAUCAUGUAAACCAAUGAAGAGAGAUCCAGGAAAGUUCGAUGGGUCGAGUCAUCGUUCUCGAAGUCUGGAUAAUUAUCGCCGUAGUUUACUUGGUGUCAGUACAACUGAUUGUCGUGAUGAAAACAAAUCCAGUGAAUCAUAUUGUUGUAAUGAUCUUCAAUUGGGUGGUGUUAAGGAAAGUAAACACCAGUUGGGGCGUGACUCUCUAACUCAAAGAGUUACAUGUAGACUUCAACAGUCAAAGAUCCCUACCAUAUUUGCCCGCAAUGUUCGAUGGAGUCGCUCUGCAAAUAAUAUGAAUGAUUUGAAAUCGACUGCCUCGAAAUCUCCAACUGAGACACAAUGGUAA